AUGCACCUUAGAAAAACCACAAAAAUGGCGACCACUAUCAGUACCAACCCAGACCAACAGUACAACAGACUUGAAGAAGCAAAUAAGUUAGAUGAAACCAAAACUAGAGUCAAGGGCCUCGUCGAUUCUGGCCUUACCACCAUUCCUCGCAUCUUCCACAACCCACCCCAAAACCCGCCCAACCCAAACUUCAAAGCCCAAAACCCCAAACUAUCACUCCCCAUUGUCAACCUCUCUGGCUACCGGUCAACGGUGGUUGAUCAGAUCCGUUGUGCCGCCUCAACCUUUGGGUUCUUCCAAAUUAUCAACCAUGGCAUACCAAAAAGUGCCAUGGACCAUAUGGUUUCAUCUAUCAAGUUGUUCCAUGAAUUACCAGAGACCACUAAGAUGCAAUAUUAUAGUAGGGACACGUCUCGUGGUGUAACAUACUUUACUAACUUUGAUUUGUACAAAUGCAAGGAGGUUAAUUGGAGGGAUUCACCGGAGGUCCACCUGAGACCCACACCUCCGAAACGAGAGUACGUUCCGGAGGUAUGCAGGGAAGCAUUGGUAGAGUGGGAUGGCGAGGUGGUGAAGUUGGGGGAGGAGUUGAUGGGGAUGUUGUGUGAGGGCUUGAGGGUGAAAAGAGAAAGGUUAAAGGAAAUGUCAUUUUUUCAUAAGAGGAAUAUGUCUGGACAUUACUAUCCCUAUUGUCCCCAGCCAGAGUUGGCUGUGGGUCUUAAGUGGCAUACGGAUCCAGUGGUGCUGACGGUGUUGUUGGUGAAUGAGGUUACUGGGUGGCAAGUGAAACAUGGUGAGGAUUGGAUUGAUGUGGAGCCUGUCCCUGGUGGUCUCAUUGUCAACAUUGGUGAUAUGCUUCAGGUAAGUCACUCAAUCACAUGA